AAGUACAAUUAUUAAUUGUGUACAUAUAACAUUGUAAAAAAGACAAUUAAUUUAUUGGCACAAAGUCAAGUCCCAACUAGGUUAACACUUCAACGGUUACAAAAAAUUGAGAGUGGAAAAUGUCGUCAUAGUUCAUAGGUGUACGUCCAAAUUAUUUUUGUAUUUUUCUUUCGUUGGAAAGAGACAAAUGAUGGGUUGCCGGAUUAGGGCCAGCCAUAGAUAUGAUCAAUCUAUCACUUCACGAGGGAAAUUUUAGAUCCCAAAGUUUUAUGAAAUGAUUUCACUACACUUGAGCUCAAAGAUAUUCAUGUUUGGUUUGAUAAGUUGUUCUACUAAUUACAUCGACAUAUCAUAAACAAAAGUUCAAAGUAUACCUCUAAUAUUUUUCUUUAGAAAUCCAUCUUCUUUUCAUCUCAACCUCAGUUCAAGUAGCCUUCUCCUCUCGUUAUUCAAACUCGUCUACAACUAGAGCAUAGUACGUAGUUACUGUAGUAUAUAUGUCGAACACAAUUGUAGGGCAAACUAACCAAAUUUUAUUGACGUUGAAAAACAUAAAAUAGUGUGAUCUUGGCCACAAGACUCGGCCUUUAAUCAACAACCCUAACUCCAGCAACCUUGGUUUUCAGCACCCAUGAAUCUCUAACAACCAACUUGAAUUCCUAAUGAGCUGAAAGCUCUCAACAACCUUAACCCACUACACAUGACUCAAAUGCAAAUAAAUUAAAACAUAAGGACCUAACACAGGUAAUUUAAAAACGACACAGUCCCCCCCCCCCCCCCCCCCCCCCCCGCAAAGUCGGAUGAUUAAUCGAGAGUCACAAACAAAUUGAAAGAAAAGUGCGGGAGUCGACCAAUAGUCGAACUCCCGAUGAGAGGGCCUUUUGUGCCACAUGAUGGGCAACCCUAUUGAGUUGACGAGAAACAAAACAGUGCAAAACACUGGUGUAAGAAGACGCCAAGCUCCUAGCGUCCUCCAAAAUAGCGCCACCCUGAACAUGAUGCAUAUCUGUUGCAUGAAACCCGACAAAACCAAUACUACCUCCUUGACCACGCUUGGUAGCACCAUCAAACCAGACGUUGAUAACGGCCGCGGAGCCUGAAGUCGUAGGUGUGACUCUGGUAACAUGUGAAGGGGUAGUAGCGGCAGAAACAUAGAAGUUUAACUACAGAUACAUAUACCCUUCUUUGAACUUUAGAUUUGACGCCAUGACUCUAAUCCUUAUGCAACAAGGAUUCAUUUUCCAAUCGUUACCUAUUCAAACUACACUAUCAAAGAAUGUAAAUGAUGUUAGUUAUAUUGUGAACAUAGAAGUUAGUUUACCACGAGUAAAUUGCACCUUAUCAAUAUAUCCGAUGAUAGAUAACAAUUUUGUUCAUACUCAAAGAACUCGGGUAAAACAAAGCCAUAUGUUGUGUAUAAUGGCGAGCCCAACUCUUGCAGAACUUACCACUAAGUGUAGCCCAACUCUCACUAGAGCCCAAAUGAAAGCCAGCUUACCACUAAGUGGAGCCCAAAUGAAAGCCGCUAAAGCUCCUGCCGGUCUCUGCUUGAAAACGCCAGAACAACAGACGAUUUACUUGUACCCGCGGCAGAAACCCCGGCAAAAACCUCUGUAGUUUGACUUCAAGUCAAGGCCAGGAGCUCUUCUCGUAAGGAAACCAGUAGAACCCUAACAAUGUCGGUAAUCGGCAUUCCCCAAACGCAGAUCCACAGACUCCCGCAGUCCAAGUACGUCGACGCGAUCCGAUGGCUUCCUUCCGUCUCCCCGCUCCAGCAAUCCGCCAUCGUGGCCUUCUUCGACACAGACGCCGACUCUCCAUCUCUGGAAGUCCACUCCCUGGACCAAGAAUCGAAGGCGCUCGACCUCGUCUCCUCGUGGGCUCCUCCCUCCCGCAUUUCCUCGCUGAAGUCGACUCACGCGUUCGCCGUCGCCUCCACCGUCUCCGGGUCACUCCACGUCUUCAGCGCCACCGAAGCGCAGGACCCCUCGUCGGCGUUUCGGUCGGAGGUGUCUGUAGCCGCGGAUGGGAAAGGGUUUCAUAUGGGGCGGAUCAACGGGGUGGAUUUGAUGGACGGCGGGAGCAACGAGUGCGUCAGCGUUGGGGAGGACGGGAGGGUGAAUUUGGUUAGGGUUUUGGAUGGGAGUUACAGGAAGGUUUUCGAUGGGAACGGUUUGGUUUCGUAUACGGCGGUGAAGUGGGCUUCGCCGACCGAGUUUGUGACCGGAGGGUGUGGGUUCGGGCUGCAGUGGUGGGACCUCCGGCGGCCUGGCUCUGCUGUUGCUCAGUUCAAAGGGAACUUGGAGAAGGGAAGAACUUCUGGGAUCAUACAUUCUAUUGAUGUUCAUCCGUCUAGGAAGCACACCUGUCUGGCUGGAGGUUCUGCAGGAACUAUAUUCGCUUGGGACUUGAGAUACCAACAGCAACCCAUUAUCCUCUCAGGAACUGGUAGUGAUACUGCAGCUCAGUCAUUAUCUGAGAGCGAGGUUUGGGAGGUUCAGUACGACUCCUAUACUAAGUCUUCAAUCAACAAUUUCUCAUCCUCGAAACUCCUGCCUGCCAUGUUCUGCUCAGAAGAUGGGAUCCUUGGAGUCAUUGAGCAAGGCGAAGAACCUACAGAGCUUAUGGCAGAACCAUGUGCCAUCAACAGCUUGGACAUUGAUCGACAAAACCCUUCGGAGGUAAUUUGUAGUUUGGAAUGGGAAUCCAUAGCCAUAGUAUCAAGGCCUUAAAAUGGGCACAGAUGAUGCCAUUUCGGUCGAGAUCCUCCCCAGUAUGGAACCUUCCGCAGGCAACCAGCGACCAGCAUGGCCUCUUCCAGCUGAAGAUUCUUCCCAAGCUUUUCAGUUUCUUCUGUCCAUGAAAUGUCGAGGAUUUCAAAACAAAUCCAUCUUGUAAUGAAGAAUCCGAAGCCUACCCAAUGUAAUUUUAAUUGUUCUCUUGUGAAAAGAACAGUCUUUUUUUCCAGAAAAAUCGUAAUGUUUGGUAAUCUUUAUUCUACUCGAAUUGGAUGUAAAUUACAAUAGAAGAUCACUAUCAAGAUAGUCAUUUUGCACAACUCAUAGGGAAAGUCCUAGAAUGCAGCAAAAUAAAAGUUUUGAGGACUA